UAUAAAUUUGCUAGUUCGAUCCUGGAGAGCAUGUGUUCAGAUUCAGAUUCAGAUAUUGAAGCUGGAUGGAACUAUGGGUCACAAAUGAAGACGCGUGUUUCACAAGAGCAAAAAAACUUGACGAAAGAUGUCUUUCGAAGACCAUCAUCAUCUAAACCGCCAGUAUUAUUAGAAGGAAGAAAUGACGCGUACCGAAGUAAUUCUCGAAGACCAACACAAAAGCCCACCAUUUCAUUAGAGAAAAAGUAUAAGUUCCGGGAUACGUUCCGAAGGCCAUCACCAAAACCCAUAGCGUCAUUUGAAGAAAAAAAUAGCAAGGCCCAGAAUACAUUUCGAAUGCCAUCACCAAAGCCCGUGGUGUUUGAAGAAAAGAAUAGCAAGGCCUGGAAUAUGUUCCGGAAGUCAUCACCAGAGCCAGCUGUGUCAUUAGAAAAAAAUUCUACUGACGGCCACAAUACGUUCCGAAGACCAUCACCAAAACGAGAAUUUUUGAAAGAGAAUAGCAAUCAAAAUCCAUCUUGUAGGUUGUUGAAGCCCCUUGAUGAUGAGUCAAUGACACCUUUAAGAAGCACUGAAUUCUCUCCUAAACGACCAUUAUCAAAAAGUGACUUUUUUGAAAUCGUCAAAACACCAAGCUGUACGUUGAAAUCUCUGGUGGAUGAUUUACCAAACAAAAUGAAACGAGAAGUCAAUCAUACUUUGCAAUAUGAUAGCGAAGAAGGAGACGAUGAAACAGGGGUCAGCAUUAAAUCUACAAAGCAUAACCGACUUGGAAUCAUUUCUUUGAGUGAGAAAAGGGCAGCACCUACCUUAAAUUUAUUAGAGGAAUUUGAAAAAUCGCCACUAUCAGAUACUGGCGUAUUGGAUCACAUGGCGGAAGCAACAUUAAGG